AUGCCCGCUCUAACCCCUGACGACCAUCGGGUCACGCACCACUCGGUCCCCAUCGACAACCACGUCUACCACUACAUCCAAUCGGUUCCGACAGAGCCACGAGGCACCAUCCUGCUGCUCCAUGGCUGGCCCGACACCGCCCUGACGUGGCGGCACCAGAUUCCCUUUUUGACGUCGCCACCGCUCAGCCUGCACGUGGUGGCCCCCGACAUGCUGGGCUACGGCCAGACCUCUGCACCCGCGGACCCCGCAGAGUACAGCCUGAAGAAGAUGGCGCUGCACAUGCAGGCCCUGGUGGAGCAUGUGGUCGAGCAGGGCCGAUCGCCAGGCGCGCCGCUGUUCCUGGCCGGCCACGACUGGGGCGCCGCGCUGGCCUGGCGCAUGGCUGCGCUGUGGACGCCCGAGCUCUUUGCCGCGGUCGCCUGCCUCAACGUGCCGUACCUGCCCCCCGACGCGGGCGAGUUUGUCGACAUGCAGGCCUACGUCGACGAGAUCCCGUCGCUGCGCUACCAGGUGCAGCUGAGCGGCGACGAGGCCGUGGCCAUCAUCGACGACGCCUCGGACCACCACGCCAACCUGCGCGGGUUCCUGAAUGGCAUCUACGACGGCCGCGGGCCCAACGGCGAGGAGUCGUUUACCGUGCACGAAGGGGUGCGGCAGCCGGAGAUUUUACGGCUUGUGGGGCCGGCCAAGCUCAUGGGGGAGGAGUGGGUGGAUUACUACGUUGCGCAGUUCGCGGCCAGGUCCUUUCGCGGGCCGACGAAUUGGUACAGGACUCGAAGGGUCAACUACGAGGAUGAAAAGGGCAUGCACGACGCCGUGGUUACCACCCCUGCCAUGGUGGUCAUGGGGGACAAGGACGAAGCAUUGCCGCCGGUGCUGGCGGACGGCAUGGAGAAAUGGGUUAAGUGUUUGAGAAGGGAGAUUGUAGAUGCUGGGCACUGGGCCCACUGGGAGGAGGCGGACAGGGUGAAUGGGUUGCUGGGGGGGUUUUUUGGGGGCAUUUUGGAUCCCUGA